CUCUACUAGUGUCUUUGACAAACCAAAUCUACUCAACAGUGACAUGUUCCAUCUUUGGUUAAAGCAUGUCUCAGGUUAAAAAAAUGAAUAUAUUCCUGCACUACCUUCUAACCUUUCUAUCCAGGCAGGCACGUGGCAUGUUUGCAACAAGGUGGUUGACUAAAAACAUACAACUAACUGCAUCAUUGUUUUAUGUCCCAGAGAACUACAUGCUAGAGGACGUGAAUGAGUGUCAUCGCUCUGCAGGAGAAAGAUGUUGACGGUUUGGAUCGCACUGCUGGGGCUAUUCAUGGCUGUGCUGCCAGAGUUUUCCACCCAGUCACUUCUGAAAUGGAUAAUUAUGAACCUGGAGUCUACACAGAGAAGGUACUGGAGGCCACCAAGCUCCUCACUAACACAGGACAAGGCUUGCUGAGGCUCAUUGCAGAGGAUCAUAGCCAUUGUUGGAAUUCUGAAAGGAAGUGGGUGGCUUUCAAUCUGUCCUAUGAACUUGAGGCUUUUUUUAGCAUGCAGAUUCACCUAUUUCCAUGGCCAAGGAAAGUUCAAUAAAUAUUUGUCAGAGGUUGGGGACUCAAGUCGCAUGACUUGAUGCAAGUCGCAAAUUUGAGGACUCGCGACUUGGUUGACUAACACUUAUAAGACUCGACUUGACUUUGACUUGAGGCAGAUGACUCAAAAAGACUUGACAGUUUUUAUUUAGCUGAAUCGCCUAUUUGCAUUAUUGUAGAUAUUGAGCAUGAACAGCUAACGUUUUGAGACACAAAAGGGUGGCUUCUAGUGAAGUGUGUGCAACUCAGGCUUUGAAGACAGUGUCUAGCAAGACCUA